AUGAGCGCACAAGAUGAUAUCGACACUGGUGCUUCAAACCAACCACGGUCUGUUGUCGAGACCGAUCAGCAGCGCGCAGCCGUGGUAGGUCCUCGGCCACCUCGCCAUGGUGAAGCUGAAUGCACAGAUGCGAUUCCAGCUCGUGACUCUUAUCAACGUUAUGAUACAGAGGUCGUCGAUGUUCCAAGUAUGCGCCCGCCUGUCCUCCCUCCUUCCCGAGCCAACACGUUGUCGAAACAACAGCCUCGGGGCGAUCUAUCGCAAUCCUCUGCGUCAUCACACCUUCCGGGCCUUAGACAGUUCACACGACUGGCCCCAGCAAACAUGCAAGGUAAAGACCGUUCGGGUUUGUUGUCGGAUCGACCGAGCGGUCUGCUGCUCUCUGACCACACGCCGAACUCACAGCAUGCACAUCGCAGCGCACCACAGCGCGAUGACAAUGGACGUCAAAGCGCCGCUAGUAAUCGCCUUUCCGACACGAACAGCUCCGCUCCCUCGCCCGGCAGCACCGAAAAUGAGAGAGUGCGCAUGCACGACCAACGAACUGCACCUUCGGCGCCUCCGCCUCUGCUGUCGGAUCUUCCGCGUCACUCAACGGAUAACAAAACUUACAGGCUCAUCAUACGUCAGCAGCCGAAGCAAGGACGUUUGUGCGGGCUCGGAAGCAAGGACAAGCGGCCUUUGGACCCCUUGCCCAUCCUACAGCUGCGCAUCAUCCGCCCUGAUGGCACCGAAGAUGAGGACGCUGAGAACAGCUCAAACCUCGUACUGCAAGUCUCCCUCUGCAAGGAGGACCCUAUCACUGGAGGAUAUACCGACGCAGUGCUGGUGGAGACCAAUGACCCGUCGUAUCCUUGGACACGGAUGCUAGAAGGUCGUAUCGUAGCCAGUGCCAAUUUGGCGCGUGACUUGGACGGUUCAAGAGCCUGUUUCUUCGUUUUUACCGAUCUCAGUAUUCGCCAAGAAGGCCAGUUUCGACUUGCAUUCAAGCUGCUCGCGCUCAGUCCGCCCGGCCAGGUACCAGCAUCUGCAGGAGGCCACGUGCUCACCGAAGCUCUCACGGAACCAUUCACAAUCUACAGCCCAAGACGCUUCCCAGGAAUGACCGAGUCCACCGACUUGGCCAAAUGCCUUGCACGCCAGGGCAUCCAGGUGCCCGUCCGGAACGAUAUCAGAAAAAAGCAGGAGCACUUAGACUCUUUGACCGCUUCAACAGACGAUAUGAACGGCCUGGAAUAG